CAUUUCCAGUGAGUUCCGACUCGAGGUCGAUACGGUGUGUCGCUUCUCUUGCUGCCUCACCUGCGGCUCUCUUGCAGGCGACUCCUCCCUCGUGACGGGGUCAUAUAAAACGAAGCUCACUGGACAUUCUGGGACUUUGUGCACCUCAACCUUUGGACGAGUAUGUCUCCUGCGUUGGCCAGAUCGGCUCCCAGCGAGCUCAACCACUGGUGGAGUCAACUCAAGUUUCGCCUUCAGAACAAGAAAGGAUGGAACGAGAUGCUGGAUGAGACAUUUCUGAUGCACACCAAGUGCAUGACUGACAUUCCUCUCUUCUACGCGGCAAAGAGGAACAGCGCCGGCUGCAUCAAGAAGCUGCUCGGCUGUUCGUCCACCAACAUCUUUGAGAGAGGCGCUCUGGGCGAAACGGCGCUCCAUGUGGCCGCCAUGAACGACAACCUGGACGUGGCCGUGGCUCUGAUGGACGGCGCCCCGGAACUCAUCAAUGAGCCCAUGACCUCCGACCUCUUCCAAGGUGUCACUCCUCUCCACAUUGCUGUAGUGAAUCAAAACUUGGACCUGGUCCAUCACCUGGUGAGUCGUGGGGCGGACGCAGCCACCCCCAGAGUCACAGGCCUCUACUUCAGAAAGAGGAUCGGAGGACUUCUUUACUACGGCGAGCACAUUCUUUGUUUUGCUGCAUGCACAGGCAAUGAAGACAUCAUCAACAUGAUCAUCGACGCAGGGGCCAGCACCAGAGUCCAAGACUAUCGCGGUAACACCGUGCUUCACGUAUUAGUCCUGCAGCCCAACAAGACGAUUGCAUGCCAAGCUAUUGACCUAAUAAUGGCCCGUGAUGCAGAACUGGACCAGUCGGUACCGCUUGACAUGGUGCCCAAUUCUCGAGGACUUACGCCUUUCAAACUGGCGGCCAAAGAAGGAAACACCGUUGCUUUUCAGCACCUGGUGAACAAAAGGCGUUUGGUCCAGUGGGGUCUGGGACCUUUGACCUCUCACCUCUACGAUCUAAGUGAGAUCGACUCAUGGGCCGACAACAUGUCAGUGCUGGAGCUCAUUGUGGGAAGCCCACAGAGAGAGGCCAGGAGAAUACUGGAGUUGACCCCUGUGAGGCAGCUGGUCAGCCUCAAGUGGAACCUGUAUGGAAAGCAUUACUUCAGACUCCUGAUGGUUUUCUACCUGCUCUACAUUGGAAUAUUCACAUUGUGUUGCACAUAUCGCCCCCUAAAGGACAUUCCUGAGAACUACACGUUAUCAGAACUGGACAAAACCAUCCGAAUUCAGAAAACGCUUCGUGAGAGUUAUGUGACAUACACGGACAAGCUGCGACUGGUAGGCGAGAUCAUCAGUGUCCUGGGAGCUUUGGUCAUCUUAUUGCUGGAAAUCCCGGACAUCCUGAGGGUGGGAGCGAAGCGCUAUUUUGGUCAAACGGCACUGGGCGGGCCCUUCCACGUUAUCCUUGUCAGCUACGCAUGCCUGGUGGUGCUGCUGAUCGUGUUCCGAGCGUGCGGUGUGCAGCGCGAGGCCGAGGUCAUGGCUGUGUGUUUGGUGCUGGGCUGGAGCAACGUAAUGUUCUUCGCACGCGGCUUUGAAAUGCUCGGCCCGUACGUCAUCAUGAUCCAGAAGAUUAUAUUUGGAGACCUGACCAAGUUCAUGUGGCUGAGCAUGAUUGUACUUCUUGGUUUUUCAACUUCCCUGUGGGUGGUGUACAUGACUCAGGAUCCGGACUCCCUCCCCACAUAUCGCUCCUUCCCCAUCACGCUCUUCUCCCAGUUUGAGCUCAGCGUGGGCCUCAUUGACCUGCCAGUGGACCACACCUUCAUUACGCCCCCUAUCGUCCACGUGCUGCACUGCGCCUUCUCCGUGGUGUCCUACAUCCUCUUGCUUAACCUGCUUAUCGCCAUGAUGAGUGACACUCACUGGCGGGUGGCCCAGGAGAGAGAUGAGCUCUGGAGGACUCAGGUGGUGGCCACCACGUUGAUGCUGGAGAGGAGGCUGCCCCGCUGCCUCUGGCCUCGACUCGGAGUGUGCGGGCUCAGCUACGGCCUGACCGAGCGCUGGUACCUCCGAGUUGAGGACAGGAACGACCCAUUGAUGCAGAAGAUGCGGCGAUACAUUAAAGUGUUUGCCCGCGAGGAUGAAAAGGAGGAACAGGAGGGAACCGAAAAGGCUCGAAAAGGUAACGUCAAAGUUACACCGAGAAACACGAGAUCUCUGACGGGCUGGCAGCUGAUUCGUCAGAGCGCUUUGGGCGGCAACGGGGAGCUGGAGGAGCCCGAGGACGAGCAAGACAUUCAGUUUGUCUAGUCUAAGCCAGUAAAUCAUGUCACUUUCUAUCUUUUAGUCUUUAGAGUCAAAAAGUGCCCUUUUUCCUGCUGUAUUACACAGUAGAAAAGUAUUUUUAUAGCAAUAUAUGGCAGGAAUAUAUGCAAGGAGGAAACAACGUGCUACACAAUCAUAUUCAUGUGACAAAUUUCUAUUGAAGCUACGAAAUGCAAAGCUAUGUCUAAUAUUUAAGGUAAAUUAAAAAUCGAUCUAUCUAUAGCGAUA